ACACACGCCCCCGCCGGCGGAAACUGGUGGCCGGGGAAAGGCCCCCUACCGGCUGGCUGAGUCACGUGACAGCGCGCCGCCACGUGACGGCGGGUGCGAUGGGCACGGCGCUGGACAUCAAGAUCAAGCGGGCCAACAAGGUGUACCGCUGCGGGGAAGUUCUUUCUGGAGUCGUAGUCAUAACAAGUAAGGACACAGUCCAGCACCAAGGUAUCUCGUUAACAAUGGAAGGAUCAGUAAAUCUGCAGCUCAGUGCCAAAAGUGUGGGAGUGUUUGAAGCUUUCUAUAACUCUGUCAAGCCUAUUCAAAUUAUUAACAGCACUAUUGAAAUGGUAAAACCAGGGAAACUUCCCAGUGGCAAGACAGAAAUUCCAUUUGAAUUUCCAUUGCAUAUGAAGGGGAACAAAGUUCUGUAUGAGACAUACCAUGGUGUCUUUGUUAAUAUUCAGUAUACCCUACGGUGUGAUAUGCGUCGUUCUCUGCUGGCAAAAGACCUGACUAAGACUUGUGAAUUCAUUGUCCACUCACUGGCACAGAAAGGGAAACUCAUGCCAAGCCCAGUAGACUUCACAAUUACUCCUGAAACCUUGCAAAAUGUUAAAGAGAGAGCUUCACUUCCAAAAUUUCUCAUCAGAGGUCAUCUCAGUUCUACAAACUGUAUCAUUACACAGCCACUAACAGGGGAGCUGGUGGUGGAGAAUGCAGAGGCUGCCAUCAAAAGUAUCGAGCUGCAGUUAGUACGUGUGGAAACCUGCGGGUGCGCAGAAGGUUAUGCCAGAGAUGCCACAGAGAUACAGAACAUUCAGAUUGCCGAUGGGGAUGUCUGCAGGGGCCUACCAAUUCCUAUAUACAUGGUGUUCCCCAGGUUGUUCACCUGCCCUACCCUGGAAACAACAAACUUCAAAGUCGAGUUUGAAGUUAACGUUGUUGUCCUUCUGCACGAUGAUCAUCUCAUCACAGAGAACUUCCCACUGAAGCUCUGCAGGAUGUAAAUAGUCAGAGGAGAAUCACUGAAGGAUUUACUGAGAAAGGACAAAAUUCUUCAGAGGCGAAGUGGAACUUUAUCCAUGUCUUAUUUUAACUGAAACCACAUCACUUCCUCCUCCCUACUGGUAGCUCUUGUGCUUUCAGUUCUCUCUAAAUAUUGCUAAGACUUUGCCGGCCUUGUGAUAGCCUACAUCAGGCAGCCUUAUCAGGUAUCUUUCUGACCUCAACAACCAUGUUUCUUCCCAAGUUUUUCUCAGAUGAAUCCUGAAGGAAUAGUUCUGUAUAUUUCUACAACUUGUAGAAAGUUUCCCUCCUUAUUUCAUUUUGUAAUACUUGUUCCAAAGGCCUUUAAAGACCUCUUAAAUGUAGUAUGUCAUGUAAUACAUAGUGUACAUAUACACGGGGGGGGGUGGGUGUGGGUAUGGGACUUGGAAUAUAACACUGAAUACUGUUUUUGAAGGCAUAAUAAAUGGUGCUACCACAACACAAGGUGGCAGUGUGGGAUGAAUAUCACAAGAUGAAUGUUAAAUAAGUGAUAUGAAGUAGAUAAUGACAUGAAAUCACACCACAUGUAUUUUGGUCAAAUUGGGAAUAUGAGUCUGUGCUGGAGGACUGCUUACACCUGAAGUUGUUCUUUUGCAUGUGGUUUUUCCCUGAGCUCUUCCCUGGAUAAAGAAGAACAAUGCCUCUACUUUGAUCUUUGUGAAAAAUAGCGCUGAAAAAGAAGGGAAGUAAAAAAUUUAGUUUCAGAAUAUACUUACUCUCUGCAUUAUGCCAUCUUCCCUUUUAUAAGACUUCUACAUAUCAGUUUUGAUGUGGAAAAAAAAAAAAAAGGCUCUGGUGUGACAAACAGCACCACUGUGUUGUUGCAGAGCAGCUGAUGCUGAUGGUGCAAAAACUGCAUUAAAAUCUCCUACACUGUGGUACCUUGUGCCUUUAGGAUGUGACCUGUUAUAGGAAUAACUCUUCCUGGGGAGCCAGUCACUCCUUUCAAUUAGGUGGGUUAAUAGGGUCACUUGUUCAACUUGAAGUAUAAAUGUAAAUGCCAGGAAAGGGAUAAGUUGAAGGUAAAUACAUUAAAGUGUUUGUAACUGUACCCCUUAAAGGAACAAUAUUGGAAAAACAUUUCAGCAAGAAAUAACCUUCCCAACACAAACAGGGUACAGAUUUUGAUGUCAUUUUAAGUUAACAGAACAGCCAUAAUGUCAUUCUAAUUGUGCGUUUUCCAUACACUGUUAUGUGGGGUGGAGGCAGGCACAGUAUAUAAAGUGUAAGUGUAAAGAUGACAACCUGGAAAGGCAGAAGUAAGGAAACUGCCAAACGAUUUCCUUUAGCUUUAUCUAGCAGCAGUGCUAAGCAGGAAGGUGUAAUUCUAGGUUUGGCCGUGGUUCUGUAUCAUCUGUAUUUCAGGAACAGGCAUCUGGAAUCCUUAUAAAAGACACUGAAAUAAGAGUCUUGUGAGAAAAAAUUGCUAUUUACUAGAACUUGCACUUCUCUAAUAUCAGGAAGUCAUACAGGAUCAUUUUUGCAAAACGACAGCCCUGGGCUACAUGAUGCUGUGAGAGUGCCACCUGCUGCUCAAAGCGGCACUGUCGCUGCCCACCUCCAGAAGUUACUUGGGAAGAUGGACUGGCGUUCAGCCUGCCUGGGGCCCCAGCAGCCAGCGCGGCUCACCCCGAGUGUGAACUGCCCCUCUCCCUGCACAGUGAUGGUCCUGGGGUAGGGGGUGACUGCUCCAAGGCUUCCUCGUGAAAGGUGUGAGUGAACCAUCUCUGGCAAUCACUCACAUCCUUCCAGCUUAGGGGAGUCAGGGAAGAAUGCUCCCUCUCUUCCCAGGGAAGAGAAGAAGAACAGAGAUCAAAAACCAUCCCACUUAUUUGCAAGCUUGGGGUCCUGUCUGUGCUGUGGGUACAGGAAAAUAAGAGUGGCUGAUACCAAGCAAGUGUAUGUAAAGAGGGGCUCAGCACUAAGACCUCAGGCAGUUUCCACAGCCAGCUUACCCUUAUUACUGUGGGGCAGGCUAUGUUCUGUUGGGAGACCGCUGCCCAGGAUGGCAGAUGGGGGACUGCUUUGCCACUGCUUAGCAGGUCAAGGAUACCUUGGCACUGGAAAAGGGUCCUGAGGGCCAAGGCCAGGGGCUGCUUUUGCAGAAAGCUAAGAUGAUUAUAUAUAUCCCCCACCCCACAGAAAUAAUGGAAGCUGAAAAGGAUGCAAGGGCUGUAAUGCUGAGCAGCACCAUACCCAUUUCUUCAGGCAGCAAGGUGCCUUAGCUCUCUAGCAGAGAGAAGAUUGCCAAGUUGGCGUUGCCUGUGAGCAAAAAUAUUACACAAGAAAACCCACAUAAGCUGCAGCAGUGACUUUAUUUUUGAUCCAAGUGCCACUUAAUAUAGUGAUUAAUUACAGAAUAGUUUAAAACUUGAUCUGGAAAAUAUACACUCAGGAACAAAUGAUCCCUAGAAUUAUCUAAUGUAAUCUCAUAUAAUCAGUUAAUAAUGCUUGUAUCCAGACAACGGUCACACUCUAUUUUCAGGGCGGUUAAGGACUCCCUAGUCCUGGUUAUUUGGCUAUUUGAGACCAAUUUUGCAGUGCUGAAGAUACUCUGGCAAGCUCAGACUUUCAAACAGUAGGAUGACUGGUCUUGCAGCUGUUUGUAUUCUGUGCCUCACACUGUUGAUGAACAUUCAUGCACAGAAUACAGAUGCAGUGUUGCUUCAUCAAAAACAAAAAUCCUGUAAUUCCCAUUUAAACAAAUCAGCUCUUCAACAAUGAGGGAAAUUCAGACCAUAUUUCGACAUGAAAGAAUUGAGCCACAGUAGUCCAACUCAAUGACACACAAGCAGAAAGGAUCCCAUGAAUACUUAGAAAUUCUUGCUUCAAAGUAUUACUAAAAGCCAUUAUUUAAACAUUUUGAAUUAUUAGCUAUGGAUUUAUGCAGAGAAAUGAGCUGCAGUUACGGGAUCAUUAUGAAUGCAGAUCAUAACAAGCCCAAUCAGAAUCCUGCAGUUAAAUUGUAAUUGUUUACACCAGGAGAAGGUAAAGUCUUGGCUGUCCCAAAUUCUGCUAGUCUGUCGUUCAGGUCACCUACUUGUUUAGGAUUAGAAUUUAUUUUGAGUGUGGUGCACUCUCUGAAGGAGAGACCCCUCUUUACAGGAUUUAUGCACCAUCCUUUGAUAAAAGCAGACACAGUAGUUGAAAAUAUCCCUUAGCCAAAAAACCGUACCGGUUUUGUGUGCUGCUGGCCUCUGAACUACAUCGGCUUCACACGUGCAGGUGGCAACCAGGAGAAGUGCUGGAUCCUGGAGUCUGCUCGCUUGAUUCUGCAGGUGCCGGGGCAGUAUCAGCAUCUUGUGGCUUAACGCUAAGUGUUACACACUGGCUCAGUCUGAGUUCUACUACCGUUUUCAUUAAAACCAGGGUUCCGUCUCUUUCUAGGCAUUGUGUUUCUGUUCCUUAUCACAGUGGUUAUUCUGCAGACACUUUGCAUCUUAUUAUAAUGUGUUCAAACAAGACACGGUUUAGGCAUAUUUGUUCCGUGCAGGAAGUUCGGGAAAGUCUUCAGGUAACAGAGCGUGAACGCGGCAGAUGGGGCAGGUACUCGAAUGUUGCUUAAGCCAUGUUCUAAUGCACUGCAAGAACAGGAAGAUGUUGAGCAAAAAGUCUGGUAUAAAGCACUCAGCUUAAGUAUGGUAAUAAGUGUCACUAAUAGGUAAGCCCUUCUCUGACAUGAUCCAUGUUACUAAAAUGUGCUGUUGAAAAACGUCUCGCAUUCUGACGCUGUGCUGACCAAUUUGCAUUUGCACCUAUUCUGCAAUAACAGGUAAGCAGUAAACAAAUAAGGCAAUAGGAAGAAGUCAUGGAUGGAAAUAUCAAGUUAUUCUAACAUAAUCCUGACUUUCUUACCACGCAAAGUUACACCUGCAGCUGCUGUCAGGUGGCAAAUGCAGGGUUUAUAGUGAUAGCCCAUCCCAUAAGUAUGCUGCAAACAAAUCUGACUUGACUACCAAACUUACUCUCAGAAGAAUAAGCUUAAAUUCACUCUAAUUACCAUUUUAGUUAAAAGUCUAAAACCGGAAACUUUCUGACACAGCAAGACCGUGUAUAUAGCAAAGCAACUCUUGGUGCACCAAGUAUGUGAAAGAAAAUCGCGCACCGUUCCUUACGCAGUGAAGGGUGAGAGGGUUGCUUUGAGCAAGUGGAACAGCGGCAUAACUGAACAGAGUUUGUCAGCAUUUGCAUCUGAGUGAUAAGAACAAAAAUCCUUACUUCUCUGUGGAAACGAUGCCCACAUUCUAGUUCGCAUGAGUCUCUGCUUAGCUCGUCAUGACAUAUUGUGCAAGGAUCAUCACUGGAGGCCUAUACAUAAAAAGUUAAGUUAUUUGAAAGCUAGCAACAAUUAAUCGGCAAAUUCUAGUAAGUUAUUGAUGUUACUAGUUUUAACCAAGUAUAUUUAAGCUUUUGUACACAAAGGGAACAAAUCAAUUAUUUUUUCCAGCAAUACCUUGAUUAUUUCAUGUCUUACAAGAAGUAGGUUACAUUUGCUUUACCUUCAUUGGAACAGUGGAGAACUUACCGAAUAGUCCAGUUUUUUCCAUUUAGAUUUUGGUGUUGCUCCGACAUUCCCCCAGGGCUGGAGACUUGGCUGAGAUGGAUUUUUACUGGAGGCGUUCUUGUGCGCAGGUCUUGCCUUGCGGGGGCUGGGUACGUUUUCUUCUGCAGGUACUUCCCGACUCCGAGUUCCAGUCUGUGCUGGUGAAGCAGAAGACACUGACUUCGCAGGUCUCCCUGGUGAAGGUGGUGCCUAGACAGGUAUUGGAAGAGAAUUUGGCGCAAGUUCAUAUUUCAGAGCUUGACAGCGAAGGAAAGUUUGCACUCCCUUCAGGAUUGCACUGCACUGUUUCCUCCGUCAGAGAGGCACAGCAGAAAGGCAGCAACUACCUACACCACAGUACCUUACUUUGCUGGUCCAGAAUGAGUUCUGUCACUCUGCUUAGAACUUCAUCGAAGCUCAAACCUGACAAUGUAUUCCCAUUUCUUCUUUGGACGUCUUUUAUGAAGCUAGUGAAGUCUGAACUGAAGGGACAAAGAUGACAGGAUUACCGAUUGGCAAUACUGUGGCUGUUACCGGCAUAGUCACCGUGUUAGAGAACACUGGAGCUUCCGUGUUUGACCCGCAGCAAGAGAGCCUUUAAAAGAAACCCAUGUCGGCUGUAGUCAGCAUGUUGGAAAACUUGGAGCUGACAUGAUCCAGGAAGACUUUGCACUAAUGACUCUCUUCCAUAAAUGGGAAGAACUACUUAAUAAAAGUUUAGCUGUUUGA